CGCGAGGCGAUAGCGAAUUGCGCGUUUCAGAGAGCGCGGCUCUUUGGAUCACCGACCCUACGCGUGUGACGCUGUUCUUCACCCAGUUUUCCCCACCGUCCUCAGCUGUCGCACCCAGAUCACGCCUUUCUCUCAGACAUCUCUGUGACAUUGUCGUAGCUGUCAGCCAAUCGUCAUGCCUCAGCCGCCCUCUGAGAUGCAUCACUACCGUGUGAGUGUGGACGUCCUCUGCGGAGGCUCCAUCAGACACACACAGCACAAACAGGUGGGUGAUGCAUGCCGCCACACACGGGGUGGGGAGACAGACCACACACGACGAGGGAAGGGACGGAGGAAGGCGUGCACACAGAGACGGCACACGACGCCACGUAGACAGCAAGCGCUCGUGUCUCCAUCAUUCCGUCCUUUGUCUGUCUGUGUGUCUUCCUCUCCUGUCUGCGACAGAUUGUCCCUCUUCCCAUUAUGAAGACCGUCUCGCAGCCCGCCACUCCCUCGCCCUGUGACACCACCCACGACGACAAGCCCGUCUACCCCCGUCUACCCGACGGUCUGCGUUUCGCGACCCCGCCCAAGGCGUCUUCACUCUUGCAGCGGCGGUUCGGCACGGCCACCGACUUGCGAGUGGACGUGCCGUGACCACCGUGGCGACCCACCAGCCAUUGGCAGAGGGGAGGGGUGGACUGACAAUGAAGCGGGUGGGGGGGGGUGUAGUGUGCAGCAGCUCUUGUAUCGUCAUCAUGUAUCGAUCGUAUGAUGUGUGGUGGUGGCGGUUGCGUGAGUGUACCAAGGGCGACAAUUCGUGUCAUGUCAUGUUUUGUCUGGACUAUUGUGGCUGCCUGUGGGGGGUGGGGUGGGGUGGUUGAUUGUGUGAUGGAUGUGACUGCCUAUGCUACGCUACGCUACGCUAUGCUAUGCUACCCUUGUCCUUGCCCCCUCUUUGUGUGUAUCUACCUGUCUCUAUCUCACCUCGUCUCAACUCGUCUGUCUGCCUUUCUCAUCUCGUCUCAUCUCGUCUUAUAUCCACCUUUCUACAGACACACAUGCCUGCCUGCCUAGCUGCCUGCCUGCCUGCCUGCCUAUCUUUCUCGCUACUGAGCUGGCUAUUUGUCUAACGACCAACCGAACAACUAGCCGACAUACACACACACACACGUGCCCGGCAUGCGGACCAUCCUCAGC